CAUCCGAACAACAAUGUGAAUACGAAGGUCUGCAAUGCUUGGAUGAAAAAUAUCAUCAGAUAGCUGUUUUGAAAGCCUCCUGGUCAAGUAGAAAUGGACUUGUGUGCGGUUGUCUGCCAAGUUGCACAGAAAUUGAAUUAUCCGUUAUAAGGGAUGAUAAAACAGGCACUGUACAUGAAUACGCUACUGUGGAACUCUCCCUAGAAAAAUUGCCAACUGAAAUGUUCAAGAGAAAAGUUGUUCGAGGAAAACUUGAUUUAGUCGUGUCAAUGGGAGGAGCAAUAUCGCUAUUUCUUGGAGCCAGUAUUUUGAGUUUUGUUGAAGUGAUCUACUACUUCUUCAUAAGACCGUUUUCUGAUAUAUCGAGAGAAAAAUUGAAGAAAAGAAAAAAACCUGUUAGUUUUGGUAAAAUUAAAUUUCAGAAAAAUAAUUUAAUGUUAGCUAGAGUUUCGUAGUGUGGCAUAAAAUUAAGUUUGAAGUGAUGAA